UUUUGUAAUUGCGUUUGUUUGUUAAAUUCAUCAUUCAUUCAUUCAUUCAUUCAUUUUUUUUCUUUGUUGACAAUGACAAAUCCACAUCAAACACGUAGUGUUUGUAUCUGUGUUUCCGGUGAUAUUGGCCAUAGUCCACGUAUGCAAUAUCAUUCAUUAUCAUUGGCCGAAGUUGGUUAUCAUGUGGAUAUUGUUGCUGAUCAAGAAUCACGACCACAUGAAAAACUUUUAUCGAAUCCACGGAUACGUAUCCAUCCAUUAUCUUCAUAUCAAUCAAUAAGAUGUUCAAAUCGAUUUUCUCAUAUACCACCAGGUUUUCCACGAAUCAUCAAUUAUUUCUUUAAAAUUUUAUUCAAUACAAUAUUUCUUUUAUGGAAUCUAAUGCUCAUUCCACGGCCCGAUUAUAUUCUGGUCCAAAAUCCACCAUCAGUGCCUACAUUGGCAAUUGUUUGGUUCGUUUGUCGUAUUCGUUCUUGUAAAUUCAUAAUCGAUUGGCAUAAUUAUGGCCAUACAAUAAUGGCAUUAUCAUUAGGUGCCAAACAUCCAUUGGUUCGUUUAUAUUCACGAAUUGAAUUCAAUUUCGGUAAACGAUCUGAUUAUAGUUUCUGUGUUACACGUGCAAUGAAAGAUGAUCUUCGUGAAAGGACUGGUAAAAAAGCAAUCGUUUUAUAUGAUAGGCCAUAUUCAUUCUUUCAGCCAAUUACAUCGAUUGAAGAAAAACAUUUAUUCCUAGUAAAAUUAAAAUCCGAAUAUUCACAGCUAGAAUAUCAUGGCCAAAAUGAAACAUUAUUUACUAGAUAUUCAUUUAAAAAUGAUGAAUAUCAAAUGAAAUCAAAUCGUCCAAUCAUUCUGAUAAGCAGCACUAGUUGGACUAAAGAUGAAGAUUUUCAAAUAUUAUUGGAUGCAUUGUAUGAAUUUGAUCAGAAUUAUGCCAAUAAAGUUAUCGGUACGGAUAAUGAUUUGAAAAUUGUCUGCUUCAUUACUGGUAAAGGCCCCAUGAAAUCAUAUUAUAUUCGUAUGGUGGAAAAAUCAUAUUCAUUUCGUCAUACACGUUUUGUAUUUCCAUGGCUUUCAGCAGAAGAUUAUCCAAAAUUAUUGGCAUGUGCCGAUCUUGGUAUUUGUUUACAUAAAUCAUCCAGUGGUCUGGAUUUACCAAUGAAAGUAUUGGAUAUGUUUGGUGCUCGUCUACCUGUAUGUGCAUAUCAUUAUAAAAGCAUAUCAGAAUUGGUAAUUGAAGAUCAAUAUGGAUUAUUAUUCAAUGAUUCAGCUAGCCUUGUUCAAUGUUUGAUGCGAUUAUUACAGGAUUUUCCCACUUGUUUACAAUUGAAACGUAUGCAAACGAAUAUCGAUAGCAGUUUCGAUGGUAAUGAUUGGCAUUCAAAUUGGAAAUUGAAUGCAUUGCCAGUUUUUAAAUAAUUUUCCAUUUAUAUUUUGUUUUUUAAUUUUUUUUUUAAUUUUUAUUCAAUCAAUCAUCAAAUUGAUUAAAGAAUAUAUGACCAAAAAAAAAAAAAUCUUUGUGUAUUCAAUAUGUUGUGUGUUAUUGAUGGUUGAUUGAUUUAUGAUAGCUUAAAUUCUACUGACGACGACGACGACGACGACGAUGAUGAUGAUGAUGAUGAAGUUGUUGUUGUUGUUGGAUGAUUCGAAUUUGAUGAUUGUGUCGAGCUCAAGGCUCCAUCUAUCGUUGAUGAUAAUGUUUGUUGUCGAUGAUGAUGAUGAUGAUGUUGAUGAUGACCAAUUCCAUUACUUGAUAUUGAAAUUAAUGCAUUCAAACUUUGUACAAUUUCAUCUCGAUCAAUUUGUAUAUUAUCGAUUAAAUUAUUUUUACCAUU